CUCAAUAAAUGAGUGGACUUACUUUUGUGUUUUUCAAGAUAUGGUUGUGUUAGGUUGUUGCGUUGUGCGUUCUGGCGAAGAUGUAGACCUGGACACGAUACCGUUCUGCCAAAUGCCUCAUCAGGAUCCUGGAGGGAAGGUAAACUGGAUCUGAGAGACGCCCCACUUUUACAGCUUUAUCUGCGAUGCAGUGGCUCGGAUGCACAGAGAAAAGUUGGCAGAGUUGUGUACGAUGUCCUGAGGGAAAGGAUUUAUACACAUAUAUAUAUAUGUUAUGCAUAGUUUAAAGACAGGAAGGAAAAAAGAGUAACUACACUGGAAUUGUCUGCCUUAAAGGCGCAAAAUACGGAAUUUAAGCGGAGAUAUGGAUCAUUUAUCCAAAGAAAACCUGUGUGCGGCAGUCUACAAAUAAUGCUACCCCUGUAAAGACUGAUGGAAGUUGACUGCUGCUUCGAAAACCAACUGCAUUCAUGUCCGAGGGAGUUUGUUAAACCAAUGAGUUUAGUCAUGGAUGAUCAUGGAUCCCAGCCCCAUCCACGGAGCUCAGGUCUGAGGGUGUCGACCAAAAGCAAGGCACCAUCCCCGCCAGGACUCAAGACGCUGGAUUCCCCAGGUUUCUCUCAGUGGUACCCAGGGAGCCCUCAAUUAACCAUGGACCAGAAAGAAAACCUUAUUGAUAAAGACCUGUCUCUGGUUGUGGUUUUACCUGGUGGAGUAGAGAAAAUGACCACAGUCCAUGGCAGCAAACCCGUAAUGGAUCUGUUAGUGAUGCUCUGUGCAAAAUAUCACCUGAACCCAUCGAGCCACACCUUAGAACUGGUCACCACCCAUAGGAACAACAUCAAGCUCAAGCCUAAUGCUCUCUUAGGAACCUUAGAUGCAGAGAAGAUUAUACUUAAACCCAAAGGGGAAGAUAAAAAUAAGAAGACAAGUCCUCAAAUGCCUGAGGCAACAGUUCGGAUGGUGAUAAACUACAGAAAGACCCAAAAAACGAUACUACGAGUUAAUCCCCGCGUUCCCUUGGCUGAAAUCUUACCAGCGAUAUGUGAGAAAUGUGAAUUUGACAUGGAGACUACAGUUCUGUUGAAAGAUGUCCAAUCACUGGCCCCUUUGGAUUUGUCCGGUUCUCUUAAUGAUUAUGCAAUAAGGGAGGUUUAUGCGAAAGACACAAAAGGACAACCUGCUUCUCCUGUGUGCCCAGCCUCACCAACUCAUGCAGGGGCAGUCACACCAGGAAAAGAUAAAAAUCAAAAGGAGAAAGAAAACAAAGGCCUCUUCAGCAUGUUUAGAAAAAGCAAGAAAAACUCCGACCAGGCAGUGACGGCCAGCGCUCCAGCUUCUCCAGUGCUUGUGAGCAAGCCUCGACCGCUCAGCAUGGCCUUACCAAGCAGUUCUCCCACGAUCCCCACAGAUGUGCCAAAGAAGAGACGUGCACCCCAACCCCCAGUCCUUGUGUCUCAGAGCUGCCCCACGGACCUCAGCACUCGCAGGAGACUCCACUCUGAACCUAACGCCCAACUGGACAGUGAUCAGAUUGCUGGUUUAAGUCGUGGGUCCUCGGCAGAAUCUUCACUGAAAAGAACCAAACGCAAGGCUCCCCCACCCCCCAUGUCCCCUAGUGCUGUUGUCCCAGAGGCAGUUCCUGUAGAUGAAAAUUUGCAAGGGGGCGCAGCUGCUAACACACUGGAGGAAAUUAUGGAGCAGGAGGAGACAACUCUUUCUGUAAUGUCUGCAACUGCUAGUGAUACCCAGGGCGAGGACAGCAGCCUCAGCACGUCAGCUGAUGUUUCAUUGCAUUCUCCGUCCCCAGAUACUGAGAUACUGAGCACAAUGUCAGUAGAGGGCAAUGGGGAAGAUCAGUCUUGUGAUCUGUCCUCAGAUGGCAAGUACGAACUCUAUCAGCUGCAGAGCACAGUGAAUGAUUCUGCAACUUUCAGUGAUGUGAGGACAACUGCUGGGACAGAGUCAUCUGAAGUGACACAUACAAAUGGUGGUCCAUGUCAAGUUGAAAAUGCAAGUCAAGAGCCAAUAUGUGAAGGGUCUACAACUGGAAGUGUUGAAGGUGAUUGCAGUACUAUACCCAGCAGCCUGCCUCACCCUGUAAUGCAGGAUGCAGAAGCACAGGCCUCUGCUCAGGCAAACACUGAAACCCUCUGGGAGAAGACUGACAGGUUGGAAAGCCCUGUGGCCAUCAGCACAUCACGCCCCACUGGAGAGGAUGCUCAAGUGCAAACAGAUUUCACAUCGCUCCCUGUGCCUCCACAACAACACAUGGACGAAGUUCCCUCCGCAGCUAAUGCGCCUGCCUUUGAAUCACCAGGGAAGAAAGAUAUGGCCACUUUGACGGAUGAGCUGGACCCACCUGACCUCGAAAAACAUGCCUUACCCGACACCUCAGAGACCUCAUCAUGCCAAGACUCAACACAAAGUACCCCCGCCGCAACAAAGGCACCAUAUAUUUGUGCCCCAGACUCUGAGCCAAAGCCCAAGCCUUCCAAUGAGCUGACAAGGGACUACAUCCCGAAGGUGGGGAUGACAACAUACACUAUUGUGCCUCAGAAAUCUCUGGAGAAACUCAGAUAUUUUGAAGUUGCUCUGACACUGGAGACGCCUCCUGCAGCUCCAGACGAGGGACUUAAUAUUGGUUCUCUUAAGCUGGAGGAGAGCACAGCACCGAGGGAACAGACGGAGGUCGUAAAGGAAAAAAGAGAGGUGCACUCUACUGUACCCAGGGAAGACUUACUGACUAGCACUGCAAUUACCCAAGACACUGUUAAUGGAAGUAUACCUGAAACUACUCAUUCUUCAUCACCAACAAGUUUAUUUAAAGCAGAUGACAAGAUCUCAUCCUCUGCUAAUGGGGCAUCUCAACCAGGUUCGCCAGCAGAGGUCAAGGAGACGAAAAUUCCACCCGCAACUAAACCUAAGCCUGGUUCUUUCCGCUUGCCACAGCACAAAAAAACACCUGGGUAUUAUGUAACUUCAGCAGCAGACAAAAAUCUUAGUGCCAGUCCUGGCUCUGGCCAGAAGGAGGCUCAGAGAAGUACAGAGAGAGCAAUGUUACCACCGCCUCCUCUUCCACCUCCUGUGCAGUGUCAAGAGGAGACAACAGGGGCCACUAACGUCCAGCUGAGCCCUAAAGGGGAUGACAAGAAUGUAGCCAUCAUGCGAAUGACUAGACAAAGCAGUUUGCCAUGUAAAGAGCCAGCUGUGGGGUUAAGCUUGGAAAAACUGAGAAGCUUUGCAGCCCCUAGGCCCUAUUCUCCUGCAACUCCAUCCCGCUUUGCCCAGGCAGUGUCCUCUGCAGUGAAAAGGAGCCAGUCCUUAUCCCACAGUCCAAAGCCACCUCACUCGCCUGUUUCACCACUGUUCUCUCCAAUUACAAGUCACCCACCAGUCAUAGAGUCAAAAGGAUUGUCUGAGCUCAAGGACGGUGAAAACAGAGAGGUGGAUAGUGACAAAGGCGCCAUUCUGCAGGGAGUAGAGGGUGAACCGCCAUCUUUGAGUGGGAUUACUCCACUGGAAGGGGAGAGCAGUCCAUAGCAGUGCCUUAAUUCUUCUGACAACCUAUCAUCUACUGAGGAGCUAAUCCUGUCUACUUUGAGUUCUCCAGAACCCUUUAUCUCACAACACAGAUGCAGAAACUUUUGUUUUACCUCUUUUGGUAGUCUCCACCAGUGUACAUAAAAUGAUGUAUUUUGAUAAUUAAUUGCUGUAUUUUGGUUUAUUUCUCACACGUUACAAAGUAAUAUCCCUGGCUGACCUGCAUAUUUUAAUGCUUUGCUCUCUUUUGUGUGAUGUCUAUCUUGCAUUUAAUGCAUUACUGUUGUGAACAAGAACAUUAAAUGAGAACAAUUCUAUAAAUUAUUCGACUGAUUUCCAGAGUUGUAAUAUUAUUGGGUUUAUUCAGAAAAUGUAUUAUCUAAAUAAUACUGGAUGUAUAGCACAGAGCAGGUCUGACCUAUGGUACUUAAAUGCUCCUUAGAUUAUACACCAAAUCUAUAUUUAAGUAUUACAGAGUUUUGAUUAAGCUUUAGGCAGAAAUACACCGACGACGGCACAUCUGUUGCUCUUGUCAAGCAGUGUUGUUAUGAAUAAAGCUUAUUAUCAUC